GGGGGUGGCGUUGUUGAUCAGUGCGAGCGAAAUGUGAGGGAAAGAGACAAAGCUCGCAGACGGGCAAGAGAAAGGUCGAGGUCGAAGGGGCCAGUCGCAGACCAGAUAGGCAGGCACGCAGGCUGCGAGGGACGCAGACUCGAGUCCGAGAAAAGCAUUGGGAGCGGAGCGGAGAGGAGAGGAGAGGAGAGCGGAGCGGUGGUGGGAGUGGCGACGACGAAGUUAGGCAGAGGGAGAGAAAGAGAGAGGGAGAGAGGAACGGGGAGAGGGGUGCGGGGCGGGAGAGGGGACAGCGCAAUGUGGCGAGAAUCAUGUAAGCAGCCUUCAUAAUCCUGCCACACACCCUGGUGAUAGUCUUUCGGUGCGUGGGGUGGGGAGGUCUUCCACUAUGAUGCAGCUCCUUCUAGGGUGACAGCAGGCGCAGCGCUGGUAGGUGUUGGGCCGAAGGCCGGGCCGCCUAGGCACGAGCGAGGGAGGAGGAGCAGGAGGUCGGAGAGCGAGGAUUGCAGGCGCUCGAAGUCGUCGUCUUCGUCUGCUUCGUCAGCGUAGUCGAGGUUUUCGAUUUGUAGUGGGGGUGAAUUGUGUAGAGGUAGAAGAACAGGUGGAACAGGGACACACCACAAUGUCUUCUCCUUCGAAUAACAGCAAGUGGAUCUCCUUCCUAGCGCAAGAUCUCUUGGAAGUGGAGGAGCCACAGCCGUUUAAUGCAUUCCAGUGGUGCACGAGCCAGUCCCUCCCGGAACAGGGAGACUGCAGUGCGGAGAAUGAUGGCUCAAAGGCCGAUUCUGAUGAACACGAGAAGAUUUGUCCAAGGAAAAGGUCUCGAGACGAAUCAUGCAGUGGAGCUGGCAGCAAGGCCUGUCGUGAAAAGAUGCGCCGUGACCGUCUUAAUGACAGGUUUGUGGAACUGAGCUCAGCCUUGGAGCCCGGCAGGCCCCCCAAGUCUGACAAGGCUACCAUCCUUUGCGAUGCCGUACGUAUUCUGAAUCAGCUGCGGUCAGAGGCCCAGGAGCUGAAGGAUUCAAACCAUCUGCUGCGCGAAGCAAUCAAAGACUUGAAGGCCGAGAAGAACGAGCUACGUGACGAGAAGUUGAGGUUGAAGGCAGACAAGGAGAGACUGGAGCAGCAAUUGAAGACCAUGACUAUACCAUAUACCCAUCCUGCUACUCUUCAUGCGGCUGCUGCAUUUGCCCAAGCACAGGCACACGCCACAACCAAUAAGGCUUCUCACAUGCCAGGAUAUCCAGGAAUGGCCAUGUGGCAAUGGAUGCCACAGGCGACUGUCGACACGUCGCAAGACCACGUCCUCAGACCUCCUGUCGCUUAAGCAUCCCGUUUCGACUUGGGUCUUCACAUGUUUAUCCAAAGCCGCCUUCUGCCCCAAAGCGCGAAAAGAACCUCAAUAGGUUGCUACAUUUGGCGAGACUUUUCUUCUUUGAACUCCAGAUUUUGGAUUCACAUGCCUUGUACCUAGAUGUACUUCGUAAAGCAAUCAUUCAACCGCCAUUCUUGUUCAUUAGCGAUGUUUGGUUUUCUUUGCCCACCUUCAUUGGGUAGGGCAUUCAUCUGUUCUUUUAGGAUAGUGUGAAGGGGUCGACUUUCUCUGCAAUAAACUGUGUAGAACUCGUUUUAUGUGCUGUGAGGGCUCCUUCGGAGUCUGUGCAGUGUUGAGACCCUUGGUAUAUUUUAGGUUCUGUUGGAUAGUAGAACUGCGUACUGACUCGGUACAGUAGCUUUAGUCUCUCGUCAAUUGGUAGGUUCGUCACAAACAAGAGUUCUUUUUACGAGAGUUGCAUAGAAUCUCAGCAUCUGACAUUGUCGGAAACUUGGAGUCUAUGCGUAAGUUUUUUGUUAGCAUGUUUUAGGACGUAGCAUGGACCGUCAGAAGUGUAGAGAGUUCAGUCGAUUGUGUGCCAUUGUGAAAUAGGUAAAGCGUGAACAAGCUGGUCUCUUACCAGGUUGAUGUGUGAAAUAGAGUUGCACACAAUUGGCAAUGGUUUGAUAGGAAGUAUGGAUGACGAUGUUAAGAUGGUGGCGGUAGGUUCUUGAUAUUUUGGCUCCUUGAACAUAAUGCCUGAAGUUAAACUCUGUACUUCCGAUUUAUAAUCGAGCGG